AAUCAAAAUAAUUUGACUUUAAACCGCCUGAUCUCUGCCACGUGGUAGUCCUUAAUUACAGUGGGACCAACCCCUAACACCGUUUAGCUGGCGCGCUUUUAUUGGCUGAAUCUUCAUCGUUUAACGGGUCUCCCACAAUAAGAAGAAAGAAACUACGAGUGAGCGAACGUGAUCAAAUGGUGCGCACGGCACAACCACAUCGCCUGGCCUGCGUCGUCGUCGCAGCCGCUGGUUUUAUUUGUCGCUCGCUCGCUCUUUUUUUUUUUUUUUGCAAUUGCAUUAUCAUCAUCGCCGGCGUGUUCUUCUGGUAUUAAUCGAUGAGAUCAUAUUCGAAAUUGUAUGUCAUUUGAUUUGAAUUGGCGAAUUGGACAAGGAGUUUGUCGAGGAGUGUGGGGAUUUUCGGUGACUCUGAUUGAGAGUUGCAAGUUGUUGAGGUCUUUUCGAUGUGAUUUGGCAAAUGUUUGGACUAUAGGUUUCUAUUUGUGACAAUUUCGGAUCUCUAGAGUUUCGAUGUUUGCGUUUAGGUUACUGUUUUCGCCUGCAUUGCCGAAAUUUUAUUGGGAAACGAAUUGUAGUGUUUGUUUCUGUGGUUAGUGUGAUGAGGAGGGAUGUGCAGGGUAGAGAGGGGUGGUGAAAGGAAGUGUGAGUUGUUCUCGAAAAAGAAAUGAAGGGAGAGUAUAGAGGAGUGGUGGCGGAGAAGGUAAAGAGCGGGUCGGGGUCAAAAAUGAAGCUGUGGAUAUACGCGCCACCUCGUCUGUAGUGCUGUGGACUUGCGUGGUACAGUUGACGACGUUGGGGGAGAUGUGGGGGCCUAGAGUUUUGAAGGGAUGGCCAUCUUGCUUCUCCCAGAAUUCUGCUGCCCUGUUAAAAGGAUGAGGUCCCUGUCUUGGCUGCCCCGGCUCUCCCACCAAAGAAUAUGUGACAUGGUUGCUAUUGCAAGGUAUUUAAAUGUCACACUUAUUGUUCCUGAGCUGGAUAAGAAGUCCUUUUGGGCUGAUCCCAGUGAGUUCCAAGACAUAUUUGACAUGUAUCAUUUCAUUACAUCGUUGAGAGAUGAGGUUCGAAUAUUGAAAGAAUUGUCACCCAGGCUUAAGAGGAGAAUGGAACUAGGAUUGAUUCAUACAAUGCUACCAGUUAGUUGGUCUGAUAUAUCUUACUACCGUAACCAGAUUCUUCCUCUUAUACAAAAGUACAAAGUUAUGCAUCUUAAUAGAACUGAUACUCGACUUGCCAAUAAUUGUCAACCUUCGGAGCUUCAGAUGUUGCGGUGCCGUGUAAAUUUUAGUGCUCUGAGAUUCACAACGCAGAUAGAGGAGUUGGGCAAAAGGGUUGUCAAGCUUUUGAGGCAGAAUGGUCCUUUCCUGGUGCUCCAUCUUAGAUAUGAAAUGGACAUGUUGGCAUUUUCUGGCUGUACACAAGGUUGCAACCAUGAGGAGGUAGAAGAGUUGACAAGAAUGAGAUAUGCUUAUCCGUGGUGGAAAGAGAAAAUUAUAACGUCCGACUUGAAAAGGAAAGAUGGUUUGUGCCCCUUGACACCUGAAGAAACUACUCUUGCAUUGAGGGCAUUGGACAUUGAUCCCAAUAUCCAGAUCUAUAUUGCAGCUGGUGAAAUUUAUGGUGGAGAAAGGAGAAUGGCUAGUCUUGCCUUGGCAUAUCCUAAAUUGGUUUGUGAGAAAGGAAAUACUGUUGGAACGAUCAGAUCUCAGGUUUUUCGAGAAUCACUCAUCUCAGAUGGCUGCUCUGGGUUAUCUUGUUUCUUUAGAAAGUGACAUUUUUGUUCCAACGUACGAUGGAAACAUGGCUAAAGUUGUCGAAGGACAUCGGAGGUACUGUUUUGAUUUUAGAGCAGUUCCAUUUGAUUAGAUUGUAAGUUAUUGUGUAAUCGGGUACUAAUUUAGUGGUUUUGGUUGGCUUUAGAUGAAUGAUUUUGGAAACCCCCACCAGUUCUUACAUUUCAAUUUUCGUCUCUAAUCUCCAUCGGUAGACUAAUUUGCGUAUGCCCUACAACGAGACAGUUGUUAAAGAGCUCUUGUGGCCUAAUGGGGGCCAGUUCUUUACAGUUGCACAAACUGUGAGGUUCAAUUACCCCCUCCAAAAAAUUAAGAAUAAUACCCCAUGAUUUAUCCAAAAAACAAACAAACUAGGUAGUGUUAUUUUAUCUGGCUAUGGGUGAUUGCCGAAUUUUUGUCUUUAUUCAGCUUAGAUGCAUAUAUUUUUAAUUACUGAUAUGCGAACUGUGUACUAAG